AUGAUCCGCUUGUUGCGAAGACCCUCGGCUACGAUUUACUGCAAGUAUUGGGCCGAUAGUGCUCGUAUUACAACAUUCAUUAAAGUAAGAGCAUAUGGUUCCAAUCGAGAAAUCGCCCACGCCUAUAAGCCAGCGCUAGUUGAAAUAGAAAAUUUAUCAAGGACAUCAGCAACUGUACAUCCUUCUACGGAACACCAUGUGCCUUGUAGUGGGAAAUCCUUCAAUAUUCUACUUCCUCCCCCAAACGUGACUGGAGAACUCCAUCUUGGCCACGCACUAACAUGUGCCAUCCAGGACGUUUUAGUUCGGUAUGCACAUAAUAAUGGUCGCCGUGCGAUAUGGAUCCCGGGAAUGGAUCAUGCGGGCAUAGCGACCCAGGUGGUGGUCGAGAAGAGGCUGCUAAAAGAACGGAACCUUACCAGACACGAUCUGGGCAGGGAAAAGUUCCUGGAGGAAGUGAUGCGCUGGAAGAUGGAAAAAGAGGGCAGCAUAAGGAACGCACUGGUGAAGAUGGGCUGUAAGAUGGAUUGGAGCAGAGAGUAUUUCACAAUGGACCAGCAACAAUCAAUUGCUGUAAAAGAUGCCUUUGUGCAACUGUUCGAUAAAGGUCUGAUCUAUCGUGAUCGAACGCUGGUGAACUGGUCCUGUAGCUUGGAGUCGGCCAUAUCGGACAUUGAGGUGGAAAACGUGGAAAUCGACGGACCGACGGCAUUGAGCGUACCGGGAUACGAGCGGCCGGUAACCUUUGGUCGAAUGGUGGAUAUUGCGUAUAAGGUACAGGGCUCGACGGAGGAAAUUGUUGUCUCUACCACGCGCCCGGAAACGUUUCUGGGAGAUGUGGCAGUAGCUGUACACCCAGAUGAUGGACGUUACUCGCAUUUACGAAACAAAUCGACCUUCCUAUGGCACCCGGUUCGAAAGGAAGAAAUACCGCUCGUGUUUGAUACAUCGGUCGAUCAAUCGUUUGGCACAGGGGCGGUAAAAAUAACUCCAGCCCACGAUCGCUUCGACUUUGAACUGGGCCGCAAGCACCAGCUGGCUAGUAUAGAGGUCAUCAACGAGACAGGAAUAGUGCAGGAGCACAUGGGACCCUUCUCUGGUCUGCCACGGUACGAGGCUCGGGAGCGUUUGUUGGAUUAUCUUUCAAAGCUUUCGCUGCUUCGUGGUAUAAAGCCCCACUCGAUGGUGCUACCGAUCUGCUCGCGAUCCAAAGAUGUAGUGGAACUGCUGUUGCGGCCCCAAUGGUUUGUGAAAUGUCGAAAGUUAGCUGAUCGAGCACUGAAAGCCGUAGAGCAUGGUGAUCUACAAAUAAUCCCUAAAACAUUCGAGCGAGAAUGGUUUCGUUGGUUGGAGAAUUGUCAUGAUUGGUGUAUUUCAAGGCAGCUCUGGUGGGGUCAUAGGAUUCCUGCCUACUGCGUACGCCACGGUAGCACUCCCGUCGAGCAUUGGAUUGCGGCACGGUCGAUGACUGAAGCAAAAGACAAAUAUUUAGCCAGUGUGUCGGGCGGCAACGAAGACUAUUCUGUCGAACAGGAUACUGAUGUACUGGAUACUUGGUUUUCGUCCGCUCUGUUGCCAUUCUCAACGAAUGGAUGGCCGGGAGCAACAAGUGCCGAUCAUUACCCGCUGGAGCUGAUGGAAACGGGCCAUGAUAUUCUUUUUUUCUGGGUCGCCCGUAUGGUAAUGCUUGGACAGGAGCUUACCAACGAGCUACCGUUCCGGAAAAUUCUGCUUCAUGGCAUUAUCUGCGAUGAGUUCGGGCGCAAAAUGUCCAAAAGUCUCGGAAACGUAAUUAAACCGGAUCAUGUCGUACAUGGCAUAACGUUGGACCGAUUACGGGAGGAAGCUGAAGAGGCGUAUAGGCAAGGGGUGCUUUCAGAAGUAGAACUUUCGAAGUCUAUUGCGGGUCAGCGUAAAAUGUUUCCUAACGGAAUCCCCGAGUGUGGGACUGACGCGCUCCGCUUCACACUGUGCUCUUCGAACAUCAAGAAUCACUUCAUCCAUUUCAACGUUCAGGAAGCACACACGAACAAACUAUUCUUUAACAAAAUUUGGCAAGCAACACGCUACACGCUGGGUUGCCUAAACCGGUGCCAACCGAGCGAAAAUGCUCCUACGAUAGGUCAUGAGACACGGGAAACUAUGCUUCUUAUGGAUCGUUGGAUUUUAAGUCGCCUCGGAUACGCCGUGAAGCAGUGUAGAGAAGGUAUUGAAGGAUACAACUUUCAUCUCGCAACAGCAGCACUGAAGACGUUCUUUUACAGCAACUUUUGUGACAUUUAUUUGGAAACGACCAAAAUCUACAUGAACUCGAAAGACUCGAAAACUGCGGCCCUACAGAGUGCCAUUUUAAAAUAUUGUAUAUCUGUCGGCCUUUGCCAUAUGGAGCCCUUUACUCCGUUCCUUGCCAAGGAACUGCUGGGGCAUUUACCGUUACCUGCUUCCUAUACUUUAGAUGGAAGCCAAGCGGUCUCCUGGAUCGAUACCGUACUGGAGCAAAAGGUCGAACGAAUGUUGAAUAUUUGCCAGCACAUCAGGCAGACGAAAAAUGAACAUACUACACCGAUUGCGCGGAAACACAAUCCCAUCGCACACAUUUAUGCCAAAUGCCAUGAACUACAUGAGUUACUUGGCACACAGCUAGAAACGGUCCAGCAGCUUACGCAUUGCAUUGCGGUCGUGCUACACAAAGAGGAGAAUACAUUUAAUUUAGUAAACAUGACGGUUAAAUCUGCCGCCAGUCAUGACUGUACAAUCGGUAUCGUUGCGGAAGGUUUGCACCAGUCACAAUCAGCAUUAGACGGAACCAGAAAGAAGCUAGCAAAGCUAGAGUUGGAGAUUGAAAAAAUCCUCACGACGAUAAACAGCGAAGGGUAUAGGAAAUCGGCCAGUGAAAUUGUACAACAAAAACACCAGGAAAAGCUGAUUCAACUGCAACAGCGGAGGGACGAAAUGCUGAAAAUAGCUUCUUAGAUGAAAUGAGCACCAAAAAUCCUAGUCAAAGUCGGAUAUAUUAAAAUCAAUGUUUCUGCAACUUCCUGGAAUAUUAUUUCAUAGUAGCGAUUACGACGUUGUGGAAUUACGGAUAAGUUAGCACGACAUAUAAACGUUCCUACCGAAAGAUUAGGCGACUAUUUCAUCCACGGGUUUUGUAUUCGAUGGACCGAAUUGUAGCACAAGGCGAUCAAAUUCCGACUGUCGCUUAUUGUACGCAUUUGCGAGGCUACUAUUCUU